CAAUGUCAAAAAUUUAACAUUUUUAACUUUGACAGCUUUUGUAUAAUGUAAGAAAAAUUAUUUUGUGCUUUAUAAACAUCACAUUUAAAUUAAGUUUUAAUGCAGUACAAUUGAAGGUAUAGGUUCAUACUUGUGGCUUAUUAUUAAAUGAAAGAAUGCCAGUAAGUCGUCUAGAUGUACUAUACAGAAAACUUCUGUUAUCUAAAUUUUUCACAAAAGGAUGGGGGUCGGCUGAUAACUUACAAAGGUUAUUUAGGUUUCGAAAGAUUGUAUCCAACAGAGAAUGUUCCUAUAAAUUAGUACCAAAUAAUUAUCCUGUUAAAAUAAUAAAUAUAGUGGAAAGAACUGAUUGUAGAAUAAUAGAAGGAAAAUUUAGAAGCCCAUUUGCUACUUUCCUGCCAGGACUAGUACCUGAAGAAGUACAAGACUGUUAUUUUCAAAUGCUGCUUCCCCUGAAGUGGAAGAGUGAUUACAGACCAGUGUGCAUUCAUCUAGCAGGGACAGGUGAUCACUAUUUUUGGCGAAGAAGGAAUAUUAUGGCGAAACCAUUACUGAAAGAAGGUAUUGGAGCUAUUAUAUUAGAGAAUCCCUUCUAUGGUGUUAGAAAACCUAAGGAUCAAAUUAGAUCUAGUCUUCACCAUGUGUCUGAUAUUUUUGUUAUGGGUGGCUGCCUUAUAUUUGAGUGUAUAGUUCUUUUAAACUGGUGUGAAGAACGUGGUUUUGGGCCUUUAGGAGUAACUGGGAUUUCUAUGGGAGGUCAUAUGGCUUCUUUAGCAGCAUCAAACUGGCCCAGACCUUUAGUGCUAGUCCCUUGCUUAUCAUGGUCCACUGCAUCAUCUGUAUUUACAGAGGGUGUAAUGAGUGAAUCAAUUGAUUGGGAAAUGCUGCAAGACCAAUAUAAAUCCAACAGCCUUUUGUGCAAUAGUCUCUCUAAACAAUGUAAAAUUGUUGAUAACCCCUUUUUGUGUGACCUUAGUCAAAAUUUGCCAGGUAAUAUUUUCAUUAGAUCCGUGGAAAAGAAAAUAGAAGCAGUCAAGGACCUAGAUAUUCCAAUACAUUUAUUUGACGAUUCCAAUAUUCACAUGUCCAAUAUAACACCCCACCAACUGAUCCAUGUUUUGAACGACUGCCGUGAUCUAACGCACAGAAUGUCCCACACAGUAAAGAAACUUUUAGCAGAGAAAGAGUUCUCUUCUUUCAAUCUUUUAAAUCCGCCUCAACGUCCCAAACUUAACAAGAAAGUAAUGGAAAUAAAAAUGAAAAACAAGGAGGCCUUGUGGUUCAUGAGGGGCAUGAUGGAUGAAUGUACUCAUUUAAGAAACUUUUCAGUCCCGUAUGAUACAUCCUUAGUGAUUUCUAUUUGUGCCACAGCAGACGGAUACGUUCCGAGGAAUGGGGUGUCAAAGUUGGAAGAUAUCUGGCCCGGGGCUACUGUUAAAUAUGUUAAUUGUGGACAUGUCGGUGCUUACGUGUUGCAUCGGAAACUUUUCAGGGAUUCCAUUGUGGCAGCUUUUGAACAGGCCAAGAAAAAGUUAGAACCACCUCCUCCAGGUAGUCUCCAAAUUUAAAAAGACUUCUAGUAUUUAUAACGAGUGCCUUAAAAACAGUACUGUAGCUCAAAGACUUACCAUGAUAAAUAAAUUUUAUGUAAAUAUUGUAUAAUUAUUGUGUAUAGUAAAAUAUUUUUAAGCUAGUUUGUACAAUUUUUACAGAAUCGAUUAAAUUAAAUCGAUAUUUU